UUUCAACUAUGCCAUCACCAAAAAGAAAGAAGCGCAAGAAGUACAGGAGUGUGAUCUCUGAUAUAUUUGAUGGGACUAUCAUAAGCUCAGUACAGUGCUUGACUUGUGAUAGGCUGUCUGUAACCCUGGAGACCUUUCAGGAUCUGUCCUUGCCUAUUCCUGGUAAGGAAGAUCUUGCUAAACUCCACUCUGCAAGCCAUCAGACAUCUCUGGUCAAGGCAGGGUCAUGUGGAGAAGCGUACGCCCCCCAGGGAUGGAUAGCUUUUUUUAUGGAAUAUUUCAAAAGGUUUGUUGUCUCAUGUGUUCCUAGCUGGUUUUGGGGUCCAGUUGUAACGUUACAAGAUUGUCUUGCUGCCUUUUUCGCCAGAGAUGAGCUCAAGGGUGAUAACAUGUACAGCUGUGGGAGGUGUAAAAAGUUAAGAAACGGAGUGAAAUUCUGCAAAGUGCAAAAGUUUCCUGAGAUACUGUGCAUUCAUCUCAAAAGAUUUAGACAUGAACUUAUGUUUUCCACAAAAAUUGGGACCCAUGUGUCCUUUCCCUUGGAAGGUCUUGAUCUUCAGCCUUUCCUUGCGAAGGACAGUCCGGCUCAGAUAGUAACUUAUGAUCUCUUGUCUGUCAUCUGCCAUCAUGGAACGGCAAGCAGUGGACAUUAUAUAGCUUAUUGCCGCAACAAUUUAAAUAAUCUGUGGUACGAAUUUGAUGACCAGAGUGUCACAGAAGUAUCCGAAUCCACAGUGCAAAACGCAGAAGCCUAUGUUCUCUUCUACAGGAAGAGCAGUGAAGAAGCACAAAAGGAGAGACGGAGGAUAUCAGGGCUACUGAACAUGAUGGAACCAAGUCUUCUGCAGUUCUAUGUUUCCAGGCAGUGGUUAAAUAAGUUCAAGACUUUUGCAGAGCCGGGACCAAUUUCAAAUAAUGACUUCCUCUGUAUGCAUGGAGGUGUCCCUCCACACAAAGCUAACUUCAUAGAGGACCUAGUUGUAAUGCUACCUCAAAAUAUAUGGGAUAAUCUGUAUAGCAGAUAUGGAGGAGGACCAGCUGUUAACCAUCUGUACGUUUGUCACACCUGCCAAAUAGAGUCUGAAAGAAUUGAAAAAAGAAGGAAAAAUGAAUUGGAAAUGUUUAUUCGGCUUAAUAGAGCGUUCCAAGAAGAAGAAUCUCCAUCAACGUUUUACUGCAUCAGUAUGCAGUGGUUCAGAGAAUGGGAAGGAUUCGUAAAGGGUAAAGACAGUGAUCCCCCUGGUCCUAUUGAUAAUGCUAAGAUCGCAGUGACAAAGUGUGGAAAUGCUGGCCUAAAACAAGGUGCAGAUUCUGGACAAAUAUCUGAAGAAACGUGGAAUUUUCUUCAGUCAAUCUAUGGUGGAGGUCCAGAGAUUAUACUCAGACCACCUGUUCCUCCCGUAGAACCUGAUAUCUUGCAGACAGAGGAGAAGAUUGAAUUAGAAACUCAUGGUCUGUAGCUACUGAGAAACAGAUGAACUUGUAAGGAAGCCAGCUUCCUUACAAAAUGCCCAAAAUACAUUCCUAAAAGUUUAUUCUCUUAUGUCUGUUGGAGGCACAGCUCACUGGGCAUUACAUUAACUACAGAAUAGUAAGUUAAAAUAUGUAUUACAAUUUGUUUCAAUAGAGGCAGUUUCUCUACUUUGGAAGGCAUGUGGUUUGUACAUUUGGGAAUGUUUGGUCAAUGGAAAAACAAAGUGAUUUCUGAACUUUUUGCUGUAAGUCAAAAUCCUGUUAUAUCCUUAGACUUGAAAAAUGGGGACAAAUUUUAGAAGUGUUCAGUAACCCUUUUGAUUUCUGUUUGGGCUUCUGAUAUCUAUAAACUUUCACCUGUCUUAACUGUACAGUCUUGACAAGCCUAGGUAUAGAGGGAGUAUAUUUUAAAUGGAUUACCAUCAGGAUUUAAAUUUCUUAAAUGCUCAGGAAAAAAAAUCUCACUUAUUUUGCACUGUAAGGAUAUGAAAUGAGUAGUAUAUAAUAACCAGAUACUUAUUGUAUUUGAAUGGAUCAAACAUUAGUGUAGAUUGAAUAUUGUUUUAGUAAGCAAAUGUCAUAACUUAUUACCAACAAAAUUUUCCAUCUUAUUCUAGUCUUCUGUAGCUCUAGAAACCUGGCUAGUGUCAUUAAUAGUAUACGUGAUCAAAAGAUUUAUUCUUCUCUAGGGUAACAUUUGAGAGCAUGAAGUGUGCAAUGUAAAAUGACUGUGGAUAUGAGUGAUAUAAAUUUCAGAAAUUAAAUUGUCUGAUCUCUUGAAUUACAUUCGUAAACAGUUUGAUUUGAAGGUUUUUAUUGUAUUGUUAAAAAUUUCCAUUGGCAUGAUGACCUAUAAUGUCAGAAGCUGCAUAAAAUGUAUCUAUUGCAGAACUUUACUGAAUGAUUCUUAUUGGAAUGCAGAAUGGCACUUGCUCUUGUUUUUGCCUGAUACUGUUACCAGAUAAGCAGCAUUAUUCAAAGCUGGAUCAAUAAAAAAAAAAACCAAACAAAAACUAUGGA